UUGAAGUUUCGUGAAGACACCACUCAGCAAGCCAACGCGAUGAACGCACUCGGCCCAUCCCUCGCACCUUACAUUCGCUCCUCGCGGUCACUCAAGAAAUAUGUGGCCCCAGUCGCCCAUUGGUAUGCCGACCUCAUGGGCUACCGAAAGAUGGGUCUCAAAUAUGAUGACCUCCAGAUGGAGGAGAACCCACAGGUUCAGAGGGCACUCGGUCGCCUAACUCCGCGAGAGACCUAUGACCGUGCCUACCGCUUCAAAAUUGCAAGUGACUGUGAUCUUCACCACGCACCUUUACCCAAAGAACAGUGGUCAAAGCCUGAAGAUGACAAGCGAUACCUCAUGCCUCAUAUUCAGGACGUCCUCAAGGAAGAAGAGGAGAGAUUUGCCUGGGACACAAUGACCGUUCAACGCAAAUAGACAUUCGCUUCCAAGUAGACUCGCAGUUGCGACUAUCCUUAUCCAUACAUUGAUUCCAUGGCGGCCACGUGAGACAAAUAGGCAAUUCAUGAGAUGUGACUCCUGGACAACCUGGUCCUUGAACCACGCUCAAUCUAUUUGAACAACGAUCACU